GGUAAGUCUGAAUGCUUACGUACAUUUCUUUAUCAUUUUAUAUCGUGAUAACAGACGUAAUUCUGCGAAAUUUUACGAGAAAUUUGCAGAAGGGCCAUGGCACCAUUUGCCACACACAUCAUCUCUUACGAGACUUUUCCUCUCAAGAUUUUUUCUUAAAAUUCCUUCACAUUCAAUUCUUGAGCAUUUCUAAGAAUGUUUUGAUUUCCAAUAGCUCAAAGAUCUUUCUGAGAUGCUCAAAAAGUCCUUAACUUGCUGUGAACUGUGAAUUUUUUCUCACUCAACUUGCACAAUUUGCAUGUGUGCGAUUCUUAUAAGAUGGCGUCGCCAAAUCUCUGCGCGUAUAAGAAAAUUGCGCAAGUUAACCUCUGAGAAGCCAAGCGGGGUCUUUGAACGACCCCAGCGCUAUUUUUUUGUUAUAUGUAGCUAAAAAAAAUAUUAAAUAUUUUUUUUCUAUUUUUGAAAAUAAGAUCUGAUUUCAGCCCAAUCUGACCACCAAAAGAAAAGUUAUUAAGAAAUAUGUAGAAGAAGGAAAUUCAAAAAGUGAAAUAAAAUAUAGUUAUUUCUUUUUAAGUGCUUCGUGUUUGCCAAUCUAGGUUCUAGGAGUCUAGAGGUGUUGCGUGAAAAUCGACUUCCUUAUUCAACGACCCCAUCUUGGCACUCUAAGGAAGUCCUAGUUUAAAAAAAUUGGUAUUUCUCAAAAAAAAAAACUUUAAUCGAAAUGAAAAGUAUGGAAAAUGAAUUUCUAUAGAUUUAAUUUUGUUUUGUUUUUUUAUGUGCCUGGUUUUCAGUUUUUUUUUACAUGGUUGUCAGUAUUUUACUUGAUUCGAUACAUCCUAUAUCGAGGCUAAUUCCAAGAUUUUUCGGAUUGCCUUUAAACUCCACUUCAGUGAGAGCUAGAUUUAAUAACAAUAGGCAGUAUAUCUACGUCUAUGAUCGUAAAUACAGCAUGACCUUUCAUUGAGUAGUGAUAUUAACCUUAUGAUACCGAUACCUGCUUUACUGAGGUUUUAAGGAACUGUGUCUAAGAAAAAAUGAAUCCCAUUGUAUUCAUCGUAUACUUUUAGUCUUUUAUCCUUUAAAAUACUUAAAUAUUUAAAAUGUAGCCCUUGCGUAUGUAAAAAAGAAUCUUAAUGCCUGUAAUUUAUACACAGAAGUAAUAUUUUGUAUAUGACAUGACAGGCAUUAUACAUCGAAAGCAGAUUACAUCUGUUAUGUAUUCUUUAUUAAUAGUGCUCAAUUGUUCAAGUGAUACAGACAGAUGCUCUUAAUCAAUAUUUUCUCAUAUGCAGAUAAUUUAAUUAAAAAAAAACUGGUUUACAAUACAAAUUUAUGUUUAUCAAUCACAAUGUGAUUAUGUCUGAUUUGUGUUGAUAAAUUUUAUCAUUGCCUUUUAAAAUUAGAGAAUUAAUUGGUGUGGGAAUUGAUCCCAAAAUCUUUCCAUAGUUAAUUUAAGUGUCUGCGCUAUAUUAUACGAAGCUGUAUAGGUUCAAUUUAUUAAGUGAAAUAAAACGACAAUAUCAAUUGAUGGAAAUAUAAUGUGAUUUAUUGAAAUAUAUUUUGUGGAAAUAUUUGCGAUUUUCCGCACCGUUCACACAAUAACUGGACACAUUAAUAAAACACAUUUAAUAAAGUACAGGUAUUUAUUUUUUUUAUUACUACAAAUCAUUCUCAAUGGUAUAUACAAGACAGAAAUUGUCCAAUUUGUUGACGCUUUCGUGACAGCUGAUACGUGAAAAUGUGAUUUUAUAUUCUACAUAAUAUUAACUUAUAUAGUAUGUAUCUAUAGUAUUUUUUGGGUUUUAUCUGGUUUUUACAGCUUUUAGCAAUGCUUGAAUGUUAUAAAUUACAAUUCAAAACUCUGUUAAAGCCAUUUCAACUUCACUAAAGGAGAGAAUCUUUCUACAAUAAUGUUUUAAAAGCCAAGACUAGCAAUAAAAAACGAUAGCCCUAGAACAUGUGUUUGAAGGGGUUUUACUUUUUUUAACUGAAAUACCUACAUAUUAUUUAUACAGAAUACCCUGAAGUUGAUUUUGAUGGGUCUCUGUAAAAGUGCGCGUUUUAAUUCGUUUGAGGCCUAUGAAUAAUGAAAAAAUAAAUUCUGAAUUCAGGCUGGAAUAGAAUAGAUACAGAAGCCUGAGAUAUGGUCUAAAGAUAUCUAAAUUGAAAAAAAUUUAUAUCAAUCUAUUAAUAUUCCGAAAUAAAACAGGAAUUUUGUCAAAAUUUUUAAACAAUUUUUUGUUAAAAAUAUUACAAAGAGCAUGACGUUAUUAAUUGCGACUUUCCGUCGAACUCAAUUUAACUAACAAAAUGCUCGUUCCUUAUCAUGAUCGAUUCAUAUAAAAAUCAGUGUUUGUUUUUCGUUAAAUUGCCAAUUAUAUCACUAUUUUUUUUAGAAAAUCAUCCUUCUGGAUAAAGUUUAAUUAUAUCCAAUUACAGCAAUUUGUAGGUUGGCUGAAAAGAUUGAUAAAGGCACAUGUCAAUAUAAUAUUUAAAGAAGGGUAAAUUAAAUUGCCAUUAAAUUGCGUGUAUAUUCUUUUUUGCAUAUUUCAUUCUGAAUUUCCAUGGAGAAUAAAUUAGCCAAAUAAAAAUUGAGAUUGGUUGGGAUUUUAUCAUUCCUUUUUCCAUCACAACUUUUUUUCUCGCUGUCACAUUCACGCGAAAUGCUAACAAGGAGCAAUUUGUGCCAAUUCUUUUUCCACUGUAAAUUUAAUUUUGUUGGUUUAUUUUUUGCAUGGCUGUAAGGGGAGUUGACAAGACGCUGAUGGAAUCAAUGCGGAAAAUUAAGUAUGACGAUGAUGAUAGGAUUUUCUCAUAUCUUCUUCUGAGAUAUUCAAGAACGAAGGUUGUUGGAAAUAUUCGUUAAUUUAUGCUAAGGUCUUACUGAUAUUAAUUCGUUGCCCAAUUCAGAAGGAUCAACCACCUUUUUUACAAUUAUACCUACAACUAUUUUUUUUUCUGAUUUUACUUGUUGUACUGUCACUGAAAUAUACCCCCUCUCAGUUAUUCUUAUUAGGGUGAUGCAUAUUUUAUUUCUCAAUCCGAAUUUUGGAUUUUCCAACCAUUAAGAAAUGACUUUUUUUUUUAACGCAAAACGUAAUUAAUUAUGGCUUAUAAUAUAAUGUAUUAAUAAAUACAAGAAACAAUUCAAUUUUGAACCUUUAUUAACAACAGUGAAAAAUAUUGUUAAUUUUAUUAAUUAUCAACUUUAAAUUAGUAUUUCCCAUUUUAUAUACCUUCAUAACAUUGUUUCAUUCUGGUUUGAAGAAUUUGCAAAUGCCUUAAUAUGAAUUGUCAAUUGGGACUAAUUAAAUUAUAUAAUAUUGUUUUUGGUAACCCUUAUAAUACUUGAGGAAGAAAUCGUUAAUUUACAGAACAAACGGAAGUAUGUAUGUAUAAGUUCAAGGUGAUCCUUGGAUUUUUAAACAUAUCUACUAAAAGAAAAGUUCCAGUUUAAACCAAUUGAAGAAUUGCAGACUUGCAUUUUCUUGUUUUGGGUCUCUACUUAAUUUAAUUAUUUUAAUUGACAAAAUUUAAAAUUGUUAAUAUGGGCAAGGUACUAUCCAUUUCACUGUGGAGGAAACUGAAUUAAUGGACCAUUUUCUUACAUUAAUGAGGCAUUUAUUUUUAAAUAAAUUAAAAAUAUUAAUAAAUUAAUCAUUUCCAGCCUACCCCAUGUACUUUAUUCAAUUAAAUCAAUGCAAAAUUUAGUUUGAGUGGAAUCAUCGAGUAUUAGGAGGCACUGCCCUGUAUAGACAUAUAUAUAUGGACAGGAAAUGUACAUAUUGGAUACCAAUUAGCGAUCCUCUCACAUCAAACAUUUUUGCCACCCAGUCGGUUAUUUCUAUUAAUUUGUCACUUUUGGCCUUGUGGAAAAAUUUUCAUUAAAAAAAAUUUUUCCCUCCACAGAGCUCCCAAUAAUUCCCUCUUUGUUCAAUCCAAAGCCGUUCUCGCUCUCUCAAUAUAUUUCUGUGAUUUUUAUGAAAUACAUAACUAUUGUUUCAUGGAUUUUUCACUCCAUAUUCCAACUAGUGCUCAGACUGUGAGGAUCGUUUUUUUAGUUUUACAUAAAUCUUUUUUUGCAACUCUUACAACUUGUUCCUAAAUUCAAGAAUUUGUGACAUGGUAGUCUCGAAAAGGCAAACCAACUACAAAAUUAUCAAAAAAGAAGAACAGAAUUCUAAAUGUCUUUACGCAGUAUUUAUUUUUUUUUCUUAAAUGAAAAAAGUUUCUUUUCGGGAUAUGAUUUUUCUUAACAAGUUGUGAUAUCUUUUACGUCACCUAAUAUUGAGAUGGGUGAUUUAUAAAGCCGGUCAUUUUGUUAAGGAACCACAUUUUUGGUGUAAGAGUCGUUCAGUUAAGACGUAAAAAGUGUUUCUAAAGAAGACGUAGGAAAAAUAUAUAUAUAUAGUAUUUUGAAAAUUUUGGAGUGAAAGUGAUUGUAAUUUGGUGGUAUUCUAAAAGAAACAAAAAUUGAUAAAAAAAAGUUGCAGCAAUGUUUAUCAGGUUUAGCCUUACUUCGCACCAGCGGCAAUAUUUGCUUGGAUUUGUUGCUAAUUUUUCUACGUUGAUGUAUGGCAUUUCUGUGGGAUGGGUUUCACCGACAAUUCCCCUUUUGAUGUCCGAAGAGGAGACACCUCUGCCAAUUGGUGCUAUAACUAAAAGGCAAGCCUCCCUAAUUAGUGCUCUGCUGUACAUUUCGGGACUCGUGGGAUCUCUCUGUUUUGGUUGGGUGGCAGAUCGCUUAGGAAGAAAAUGGGCUCUCUACUUGGGGACUAUUCCUCAUGUAAUAGCAUAUCUUCUCAUCAUAUUUGCCGCUGAUAUUUCAUACCUCUACAUCUCAAGAUGCCUAAGUGGAUUGGGUUGUGGAGCUUUGUUUGUUGCCCUGCCAAUCUAUGUUUCAGAAGUUUCUGAAGACAAAAUUCGUGGUGGAAUGGGGGCGAUCUUUUGCAACAUGGUAUCCAUUGGAAUUGUAACUGGACGUGCCUUUGGCAGCUACUUGGACUUCUAUGUUGUACCCUAUGGAGUCCUUGGCAUUCUUGCUAUAUUUAUAAUUGUAUUUCCAUUCUUCCCCGAAACGCCACAAUACCUUCUAUUGAGACAACGUCAUGAAGCUGCUGAAAAAUCUUUGAGAUUUCUUCGUGGUGUGUCUCAGAAUCUUCAAAUUCCACUUCCACCCGAUGUCAGGGAAGAAUUGGAGGCUCUCAAAAACUCCCCUACUCUUCACAAUCAAAAUAAGAGGAUUAAAAUGGAAGAUUUAAAACCGAAGACAACCAGAAGAGCCAUCCUCAUCAGCCUUAUUCUAAUUUCCGGAAGAAGCUUAUGUGGUGUACUACCCUUGGACAACUAUACUGCCACUGUCCUCAUGGAGGCUGGCUCCCAUGCGUGGAGCCCAAAUUUGUCAGCCCUUAUUGUUGGUGUUUUUGAACUUAUUGGAAGUAAUUUGGCUAUCAUCUGUGUCGAUCGUGGUGGCCGUCGGUGGAAUCUUCUUGUAUCUAGUGGUGGAUCUGCAGUAUCUAUUGCUAUCCUUGGGGCUGUGUUUUUUGUCAAGUCUUUCUAUGGAGUAGAAAGUGCAGCUAGUAGUUGGCUGGCUGUGGUUUCUCUUUCAGCAUUCAUGACUCUGGCAGCCAUAGGAGUUGUAGCCAUCCCUUUUAGUGUAUCAGCAGAAGUUUUACCGCCAAAAUUGAGAAGUCCUGUUUCUACCACAUUUAUGCUGCUCUAUUGGGCAAUGACUUUUGUUAUCGUAGAUUUCUUCCUUAUAUUCGGUGAUCAUAGUGGGAUGUAUACACCGCUGUGGAUGUGUGGAGCUUGGUGCACAUUUGAGUUGAUUUUUGUGUACUUCUAUCUCCCGGAAACAAAGGGAAAGAGUUUCGAUCAGGUUGAAAUGGAACUUAAGGGAAAGAAACGAAAGGAAAAAGAAGCUGCAGCCUCACCCUCAUAACUUUCCACGGAAUCUCGCUUUUAGUUACUUAAUUCUAAUUGUAUACAUACUGCAAUAAUAUACGUAUUUAUGUAAUCUGUAUAAUUGUGUAUUCUAUAUCACUUUGGAAUCUCAAUUAGUAUACAUACAUUAACAUCUUGACUGUUUGUAAGGAAAGUUCUUAAUGAAAAUAAAUGUUAGCGUAUAAUGUCAUACUAAAAGAAAAUAAAAGAACAGAUCUGUUUUUUUUUAUAUUUAAAUAAUGAGAAUAAAAAUGUACUGGUAAGCUGACCAAGCUUA